ACUUGACCAUCUGAAGUUACGACAUGACAAGGCAAGUUAUACGAUUAGUAAAGUAACAAACACAAGCGUUCUCAUGGAGAACUCAAAAGCAUAGUUGAAUCGGUGUCAGUUUAGUUGAACAAUAAACAAUUAUUAGCAAGCAGUUUUCGUCGAAUUUUGGAUAAAUUUUAUGCACUUUAAUUCAUACAAAGCAGAUUAGAAGUAAUUCAUCAUGGUGUUGGAGAGUACUAUGAUUUGUGUUGACAACAGCAACUUCAUGCGUAAUGGUGAUUUUCUACCAUCAAGACUUCUUGCUCAACAAGAUGCUGUAAGCUUAGUGUGCCAAUCUAAAACACGCUCCAAUCCUGAAAAUAACGUAGGAUUACUUACCUUAGCUAAUGUUGAAGUUCUAGCGACUCUCACUAGUGAUGUAGGCCGUGUUAUGGCCAAACUGAACAAAGUUGAACCUGAUGGGGAUAUUAAUUUGGUAACUGGCAUUAGAAUUGCUCAUUUAGCUCUGAAGCAUAGACAAGGAAAAAACCAUAAAAUGCGCAUAGUAGCUUUUGUUGGCUCACCAGUUAAUGCUGAUCAAGAAGAUUUAGUUCGUCUUGCAAAGCGCUUAAAAAAAGAAAAAGUUAGUGUUGAUAUGGUUUCAUUUGGAGAAGAUGCUAUCAAUACUGAAACAUUAUCUGCAUUCAUUAAUGCAUUGAAUGGCAAAGAAGGAGGUUCUUCUCAUUUGGUAACUGUUUCUCCUGGACCACAUCUUUCUGAUGCUCUUGUUUCUUCACCAGUCAUACAAGGUGAAGGGGGUGCUGGACCUUCAGGAGUUGGAUUUGAAUUUGGAGUUGAUCCUAAUGAUGAUCCAGAAUUAGCUUUAGCAUUGCGUGUUUCUAUGGAGGAACAACGUCAUCUUCAAGAAGCUGAAGCACGCAGAAAUCAAGCUCCAACAUCCGGAGUGCCGCCUACUGUUACCGAAGCUUCUUCUGAAGAAGCUAUGCUUGAGCGUGCAUUAGCUAUGUCAAUGCAACAACCUAUGGAAGUGAUAGAACAGCCAGUUCCUGACUUUACAACUAUGACUGAAGAAGAGCAAAUAGCUUAUGCUAUGCGGAUGAGUGUUGAAGAACAACCUCACAAUCCAAGUUUAGCUGAAUCUGAAAAUAUGGAAGCUGAUUCAGAGGAUCUCGAUGAUCCUGCAUAUGUUCAAGCUAUAUUGGAAAGUUUACCAGGUGUUGAAGCUGAUAGUGAUACAGUACGCAAAGCUUUACAAGAUUUAGCAAAUAGAAAGAAAGAUUCCGAUGACAAACCAGAAGAUUCUUAAAUGAGUCAAAAAUUA